UGGUCGCUCCGAAUGAGAACGAGCCUUGCGUACUUUACGCAUUGUAUCGUACGCACACGUCAAACAAUCGUAACGCGAAAAGCCAGCUUCGCGAAGAGAACUAUUAUUGUACAAUAUAAUAUAAUGUUAUUUUGAACAGUGUGUGAAAAUCGAUUGUUAAUUCAGGAAGGGAGUAAAUAUGACACGUCGACGGAAUAUGUUGUACCAGUGGGAAUGAAAGACGACAGCUUUCUCGGCACUGUCCGGCCCACAAAUUUGGGAACUGGAAGUUAACGAGCUCCCAAUUAGUCAUGGAAAACCAAAAUCAUCAGCGACAACCACAUCCCAGCCAUCAGUCGUUCUGGAGGAAAAAUGCUCGCGCUGUGCCUGGUCGACCAAGUCUGAAGCAGGAUCUACGACCAGGAAAAAUGGCUCACGGAGGUACAGGCGGAGCGCCUGCGGGGCAGAAUGCGUUGGGCAACAGUGGUAGCGGCGUGACUUCUUUCAAAGACUUUCAGGAGAGUGUCGACGAUGCUUGGGAUUUGGGUGAUGAUGAAUUCUGCACGGUUUCGGAUAUAAAGAUAUCAAAGAGAGUCAGUCAUUCCGCUGCUUUAAGUGUUAUAAACAGCCAUAGAACGGCUGGCGCUGCGCAAAUAAAUUGCAGAGACCAACGCCAGGAGGUUAUAUCAGAAGAAAAAAAAACUGAGGCCCUCCAGAGGCUCGCGGUGCAGCCACUCAGGCUCCGCAACGCCAGCAUCAACACCUUACAGCCCCCAGUUAUAAAUCAUCAGGAAAAUUUCGACGAUCUUGAAGCGAAAAACAGCAAUUCUCCACAGCACAGAUUGCACCAGUUUCCAGGUAGACCUCAACCCCUCAGGCAAAUGGGUGCACCGCCAAAAUUCUUUGUACCUUCGAAGGAACAAGAUGGGGAAAGUAAGGUAGAUAAAUUCCAGUCGUUGUUGGAAGCAGCAUUGUUGAAUCUAGACGAGUUACGGCAAUUAUCAUGGUCUGGAGUACCUUCAAAGCUGCGCUCAGUUACAUGGAGAUUAUUAUCUGAAUAUCUGCCGGCGAACUUGGAGCGCAGGUCCCAGGUCUUGGAGCGUAAACGAUUAGAUUAUUGGAAUUUGGUAAAGCAAUAUUAUGACACGGAAAGGGACGAAGCAUUUCAAGAUACUUAUCGCCAAAUACAUAUCGAUAUACCAAGAAUGUCGCCGCUGAUAACGCUCUUUCAACAGCCAACCGUUCAACUCAUCUUUGAAAGAAUACUUUAUAUCUGGGCUAUCAGACAUCCAGCGUCUGGUUACGUGCAGGGAAUGAACGACCUUGUGACGCCAUUUUUCCUUGUAUUUCUACAAGAGGCUGCGCCAGCCUCGGCUUGGCAAGAUCUGGAGAAUUACGAAGUAGUUUCUCUGCCGGAGGAGCGGAGAAAAGUCAUAGAGGCUGACAGUUUUUGGUGCUUGUCGAAAUUCCUCGACGGAAUACAAGAUAAUUACAUUUUUGCCCAGUUAGGAAUUCAGCAUAAAGUUAAUCAGUUGAAAGAGCUGAUACAGCGGAUCGACGGUCCGCUACAUCAACACCUUCAUCAACAUGGCGUAGAUUAUCUACAGUUUUCGUUUAGGUGGAUGAAUAAUUUAUUAACUAGGGAAUUACCUCUUCACUGUACCAUUCGCCUCUGGGAUACUUAUCUUGCUGAGUCGGACAGAUUUGCUUCUUUCCAGCUUUACGUUUGCGCUGCGUUCCUUCUACGCUGGAGACGACACCUUCUCCAGCAGCCAGACUUUCAGGGACUAAUGUUGAUGCUGCAAAAUCUGCCAACUCAAAAUUGGACCGAUUCCGAAAUCGGUGUCUUGGUAGCAGAGGCUUACAAAUUGAAAUUCACAUUUGCAGAUGCUCCGAAUCAUUUGCAGGCGCAUGACACUAGAUGACGACUUUUAUACGCGAUCUCUUAAGGCGAACAAUAAAUAACUGACCAAACAACGAUGGCUGACAUUCUUUCCGGAUAUGAAAGUCUCGAAUUAUUUACAAUAGAAAGAAUAAAUUAAAAAAACAUCUAAGAUUUUUCAAUUGUAAACGGAAAGAACCGGCACACAGUUUGUGAAUUUCAAUUUGUUAUAGUAAUUAUUAUUGUUGAAUUUUUAAAAGAUACAGCCAACAAUUUGGGAACUGUUCCUUCGAAAUUUGGAAACUUGGCAAUUGUUAUCGUUUUACUUUAUUACUUUCUUGAUACUCCCGCUGCUUUGAAGAAUGGCAUUUUUUUACGUGAAAAAACUACUCAAAGCACCGUUGAACUUAUAUUUGAAAAAGAUAUUCUUUUUGGGGGAAUUAAGCACUAUAAAUAGUAAAUAUAAACGCAUAUAUACGAUACAUGUAUUCAUAAGUUUUAUUAAAAAUUUACAAUGUAUUUAAAAUGGUGUAAAGUAGUAUAAAUGAACUUCGAUACGUUCUUGAUCAUGCCUUUUUGGCGAUAGUAUUAUUGUACUGUCGCAGAUGUCGUCGAUAUCAUAAAGUUGAUACGAAAGAGAAAAAGGAAAGUGAAGGUAUCAAAAUAUUUAUUCGUAACAAUUCUCAUAGGUAAUAAAAAUAACUGGUGAUGUCUCAGUUGCAGAAUCAUGAUAUUGAAUAAUAAUUAAUAAAAAAGGUUGCAAACUAUCGUCUGUUCAUUUGUUAUCGUUAAAAUUGUUAUAUUUUUAACAGAAAUUACUUUCAAAUAAAAUACAUUUCUGGUAUGGAAAA